AAAGUAGGACUUCAUCAGGUAGUAUGUCUUAUACAUUUCUGCUCCUGCGUCUGUUUCCAUGCAGCCGAUUGGGACUACUACGCCAUUCUACAGGUGAAAAGGUCAGCAACUAACGGUGUGAUAAGGAGAGCGUUCAGAAACCUGUCCAUCAGACUUCAUCCAGACAAAAACAGGUGUGAUCCUCAAGCAAAUGACAAAAUGACAUUAUUGAAUGUUGCUUGUGACACUCUAAAAAACGAAAAAAGCCGUCAGAAUUACAACAGCAAAUAUCCAAAAGCUGGGAUCAUUAUGGAGCCGUAUGACUGGGAAAUCCCGGAGUGCUCUGGAAACCAAUUGAAAGCAGAAUUCAGUACAUAUAUACACAUAUUCAUAGGCAAUACUAGAAAACAAAUGCAUGCUGGGCUCAAAAAAUGUAUUGCAUUGACAAGGAAUAUUGCUGCACUGGUACUACAAUGGAUUCUGGCAAUUGUGAAAAGAAGUGAAUCUAUGAAUGCUGAUGAAAAUACCAAAAAUUUUGUUUAUGGGAUACUCGUAGCAGCAACAGCAUCUUUUGUAUGCACGUCUUGACUGAUUCUGUUUAUUCUGCUCUGGAUCAUUGUAUUGACUAACUUACAUUUCCUGCUGAUGAUUUGGGUGACAAUACAAUACAUCAGGAACAUCAAGAUCAAGUAUUUUCCUUGCCUGGUUAUUCUUUGGAUUAUCUACCGUUACAUUCUGCACCAGAUCGACAGCAUUCUCAGCUUGGAUCUCGGUUUUUGGAAAGCAUUUUCUCUGCACCAGUAUUUAUCUUUGUUAGCUGUGUAUGUUAUGGCUUCAGUAAUGGCAACAGCCUACAUCUUCUGGACAUACAAACCUCAUCAGAAUCACUACAUUGCAUUCAUCAUUUACUUUCUACAGCUCGCACUUGCGUUGGGUUUCAUAUUUCAGGCAAAACUACAUAAAACUGAUUUUGAUGUGUUGUUAUGCCUUGUGAAAAUAAUUGUUAUUUCUAAAAUUGUAACAAAGAUUGCUCUGUACGUGUGGUUGUACAUCAAAGAGAUUUUUAAAAUGGCAACAAAUUUCAUUCUGUACUCACUAAAAGGGCUUGCCAAAAUUAUCAUGAAAAUCAUGAGCUUUUCUGCUACAUUACCCUUGAAUUUCAUAAAAGCUUGCUACAAAUCUUUCAAAAAAGCUGUGAAAAUAUGUUACAACGCAACAAAGACAUUUGCUAAAACAGUCUUCCCCUGGAUAUGGGUGGUGGCAAGUUUCACAGGAAGAGUGUGGUCCAAAUGUGUUCUGAUCUUUCCAAGAACCUCGUCCAAGUAUACUCAGAUUUGUCUCGAUCUCACUGCUGUCUCCAUUUGGUAUACAAUGUACUUUUGUGGCGUGAUGAGGGUAUGGUUUCAGAAGUUAGUGUCAACAAUCAAACAACUGUGCAUGUGUGUUCAAACAGAAAUAAUGAUUAAUGGAGCAAGAAGGUUAAAUAACCCAAUACAAGGAUGCCGGCUGUUGACUAAUGUAGAAUAUGUGAUAGAGGGGCAUUUUUACACUCAAGCCCAGCUAAAUCGGCUUCGUCGGGACUGUCAACAGACUGGGUUUAAUGUCUGGAGAGAGGCCGGUUUUCUCUCUGAUGUUAAAAGAUUCAGCAGUUUCAUCUCCAGUGGCGAUCAUGUGACAGAUGCCGAGAGGGAAGAACAUCACCGAAGUUCUCAUGUUUACCCCUGCGCCAAAGCUACAGAUUCAGAGUCAUCAGAAGAAAGUGACUAAUUCGCCUGCAGUAUUACAUGUAUUCAUAAAAAUUUAUUUUUGGAGACUAUUUUUACAGAAUUGAUUUUCAUCAUGUUUUCUGCAGACUAAAGUUCUUUAACAGUGCAAUAUAAUAUAUUUUAUCAGUUUGCAGACUACAGUUCUCAAACAGUGCAAUAUAUUUUAUCAGUUUGCAGACUACAGUUCUCAAACAGUGCAAUAUAUUUUAUCAGUUUGCAGACUACAGUUCUCAAACAGUGCAUAUAUUUUAUCAGUUUGCAGACUACAGUUCUCAAACAGUGCCAUCAAUUAGCUGGUGUACUAAGUCACUUAUUUUUGUCAUAUUUGUUUUUAUUGCAUACUUUUUAAAAAUUAUUUUUAAUAUUAUUAAGAGUAUGAGGAACAAAGAAGUAUGUACAUGUAUCUGCCUUUUGUGUUCACUCAAACUUUUCAGUAACGACUAGCAUUUGUUUUUCAUUUUACACAAAUUUCUGAACAAUGAUAUUCAUUAUUGGUACAAUCCACACAUUUAUUAGCAGUAAAUACCACUGCAACUUGAAUAUUAGAGUAAUUUAGUCCACAUGUAAAUGUCAUUUUUAAAAAGAAUGAUUUUCACAUCUGGACUCAAAACACUGCUAGUUGCACUGUCGUUUAAAAGUUUAAUUGACUUAGAUGCUUUAUAUACAUGAAACAAAUUGAUAUUAAAUCAAUCACAAGUACUGAUCAAAAAUCAAGAAAGACUCCACAGUAUGAAGGCUCCAUCUUAUCAAAAUGACCCAAUAUUUUAACAUUGGUGCAUAAAUAUCAGAAAGACUUAUCAGUUUUAUUGCAGUAGUUUAUUUUUUCUACUGGUUCAGAGUAUCUAGAACAAAAACACCAAGUGUUCCAUGGUAUACAACGGUCUCUAACAUACAUGUACUACCUUUUUAUAUGUAUACUGAGAAAAUUUAAUUGGCUUUUUGAUAUGUUUGUAUGACUCAUUUUUUGCAUUUACUGAUCAUGUGAUUUUUUUGGGGGUCAUCUACACAAUGUUUGUUUUAUACUGGACACAACAAUAUUUGGUCAUCUACACAAUGUUUGUUUUAUACCGGGCACAACAAUAUUUGGUUAUUUACAACAAUGUUUUAUACCGGGCACAACAAUAUUUGGUCAUCUACACAAUGUUUGUUUUAUACCGGGCACAACAAUAUUUGGUUAUUUACAACAAUGUUUGUUUUAUACCGGGCACAACAAUAUUGGUCAUCUACACAAUGUUUGAUUUAUACAGGACACAACAAUAUUUGGUCAUCUACACAAUGUUUGUUUUAUACCGGACACAACAAUAUUUUGUGCUUUGCAGACUUUCCAAUGCGAACUUGAGAGUUGAAUCCUAAACCCCAUUUUAUUCUGGCUAAUAUGAUGGAAUUUCCUGAUAUGGUGUUUAAGUGACGUACAUGUACUUACUAUUUAAAGUUGUAUGAUCUGAAUUUCGACAAAUUUUUCCACUAUGUAAAAAUCGCAUGUACUUAUUGAUGAGGCUGUACAACAGGUCGUACAGCAUUUCGCCUGUUUUAACCAGAAUUAUUUGGUUUUAAAUUGGUGUUUACAAACAACCGUCACUCAGUCAUUUCAAGUAACGGUCACAUGUUCUGUUCAGACUUUCAGAUCAUCGGUGAUCUUAUCUGUGUAAAGCCAUGUAUUUUGUUGCAACAGUACUGUGCCUUAAGUUUAAGAGAAUUAAAAAUAUCAAAUACC